UCAUAAUAAAGAACUUUAAAUCUAAGCUUUGACGAAUACUAGACAAAGUCUAUAUGAAAUAAAAAAAUAUUAGAUGUCUAUAUUAAUGUAAUAAUAGCCUACUUCGAAAACACAAUAAACUCUUAGAGGACACACAACAAUAUUUUUGUGUGGUUUAUUUGUGUUUUGUUAAUAGUAGUUUAGACUUUUUCCAUAAACAGAACGCGCUGUUGUUGAUGCUGUGAAGAACACCCAUCUUUACUCACAGCUGUUGUUUGUCUGGAGAGGUCAUCAUGGGUAUUGUUGGCGACCCUCUGGAGAUCUCCGGUAGCGAGUUAGUUCAUAUUUUGCGGACUCCUUCUGAUUUCUUCACGUCUUCGGGAUGCAUCGUGUUAGACUGUCGGCCUUUCCUCGCCUUCUCCCGCGCGCACAUCCUCCAGUCACGCAACGUCAACUGGAACUCAAUGCUGAGGCGCAGAUCCAAGAGCUCAGUGGUAUCUCUGGAGUGGCUGGUGGCCGACAAGUCGCUCCUUGCCCAGCUGCGGAACGGGGAGUUCUCUCCGGUGGUUGUCCUGGAUGAAAACAGCGGGUCCGUCAGAGAUGUGAAGAGUGAGAGUCUGGCAAAUCUCCUGAUCAGUGCUCUGCAAUUAGAGGCCCAGUCUGCCUCCACUCAGAUCUGCUUCUUACAAGGUGGAUUUGACGGAUUCUUUACACUUUAUCCUGAAGUCUGUUUUAACAAUCCUCUUAUGUGCUCAAAUCACCCUGCUCUCAGUGAUCCAGAGCCCAUUGUAUCUGGAAGAAAGACUCCUCUCUAUGAUCAGGGUGGUCCAGUGGAGAUCCUCCCCUUCCUCUUUCUUGGCAGUGCCCAUCACUCAUCCAGACGGGAGACUCUGGAGCGAUGUGGAAUCACGGCUGUUCUCAAUGUUUCCUCCUCUUGUCCAAACCUGUUUGAGAAGGAACUUCAGUACAAGACUCUAAAGGUGGAGGACAGUCUGGCCGCAGACAUACGCAUCCUAUUUCCAGAGGCAAUCCACUUCAUCGAUUCAAUUAAGGAGAGUGGUGGGCGAGUGCUGGUCCACUGUCAAGCAGGAAUCUCCCGGUCAGCCACCAUCUGCCUGGCAUACCUGAUACACGCUCGCCGUGUCCGUCUAGACGAGGCCUUUGACUUUGUAAAACGCCGUCGGCAAGUCAUCUCACCAAAUCUGGCUUUCAUGGGCCAACUGCUGCAGUUCGAGACAGACAUUUUGUGUCCCUAUACUGUGCUAGACAGAGAGAACAGUGGCACUGCGUUUUAGCAUCUGUGAACAGAUGGCUGAAAUCUUGAACUGUCCCCCAUUAACCUGUGACAAGGCAUUAUAGACUUGAAACUAUGGCUGUGCUGUGUAGCUUUGAUAUCAGAGACUGAGGAUCUGACAGAUCUGUAAAGGUGCUUUGGUUAGUCAACAGUUCCUACAGAUAUACAAAUGUUUUAAACUCCAUUCUAUUGCACUGGAAUUAUGGUACAUGCUUAAUGUAUUUAAACAGGAGACUCUUAACAUGGUUACUAAAGAAAGGGCCAAAGGCAAUUCUCCCUGUUUACCCUUUAAACUAACGCCAUGGGAUAAAUCAAGUUGUAGAUAGCAUCAACUGACUACCUGUACUUUAAUGUUUACAGCAACACACAAACUAUACACAAAUAGCUGAAUGCCUAUCUGUGUUUCCAAACAAAAUUGGCACGACUGAUCAGGGCUGGUCAACUCAUUAGGUGACAUAGGCGAGUGCCUAGGGCGGCAUCGCUUCGGGGAACAGACCGUGUACUUAGUGCCUUACUACCAUACUAAUCUUACUGUUUCUGUUAUACCUGUGUUUGGCAAAAAACAGUGAGCGUAGUAUGGAUAGUAUACCAUUGUGAACACGGACAUGGACUCAUGAGCAUGGGGCUCCUGAAUCGAAGUGAUGCCCAAUGUGUGAAUUAAUCAUUCUUUUGAGUCGGUUCUUCUCAAUUAAUUUGUCUAACGUGUGGGCUGAAUCAUUUGAAGCUCUUUGUCAUGCAGUAAAACAGUAACGGGAUGCUUUAAAAGACAGAGAACAAAAUUAAUGCUCGCCUUGGGUGCCAAAUGGGGUAGGACUGGCACCGCGACACUCAUGGAAAACAUAAGUUACUUGUCAUUGUAACAUUGUGUAAAACUUGACUCAAUAUAAGUUGAUCACCGAUUCAACAUUAUCGUAUGAGCCAGAGAAACAACAUCUGUAUAUGCCAAACUUCUAUUGCCUGUUACAAAUUUAGGGAUAAGAUACCAAAGCGUUGAGUUGUGGUCUUUUCGUUUAUUGUCUAGCUUUCAACAAUAAGUUGACAUGUUUUGCAAGGAUGUCUGCAGAUCAUCAUACCCUAUAACAAUUAUUGCAUCAGUCAAUGUUCCAUCUGACUGCACAGAGUGAUGCUAUGACCAUAUUUGGGUGUGACGUGUGGUUAGUUUUCUCUGUGAUAAAUGUCAAGUUUUUCCAUUAAGUUAUUGUCUGAUUUUUAGUCACAAAGACAUAUUUAAAGGGCAAAGACCUGAUAAACUGUGAUCUUAGGUCAUUUAAACAAAAUGUGUUAUGAUAUAUAACAGGCACUAAAACAAUUUUCUAAUAAAUGUAUUUUAUUUUUAUAUGUUUUCUUUUUUUGGUGAAUAUUUAUUUAUCUGUUUUCAUUCGAGCAAUGCACUUUAAAUGUAGAUGUUUGGGAUAUUGAUGAGACCUUUUGUAAGCUACUUUGUUCACUUAUUUCAAAAUGUAAAUAAAGCACUGGAUUAAUUUAAU